AUGGCUAAGGUGGUGUUUAAGGAAAUUGUUUUGCGCUAUGGGAUGCCGGCCACCAUCACUUCAGACCUAGAACCACACUUUUUCCAGGGAGUCAUGCGAGCUUUGAGGGUGGAGCAAAAGUGGGACAUCUUAUGUCCCCUCCAGUCUCCUGGCCAGCUGGAAGGGAUUAAAGUAAACCUAAAGCGAGUGGCCCAGAGUACCGGGAAGGAUUGGGUGAAAAAGCUGCCACUGAUCCUGGCAGGAAUCAGAUCUGUAGCCCGGCUGGGGACAGCGUUAACGCCUUACCCAAUUAUUUUUGGUUUCCCGAUGGAAUUGCGGGUAAAUCCGUUUCAUGGCAAGGGCAAGCUCUCCCAAGGAGACAAUGUCCUCUCCUGGCUAAACCAGCUGCCAGAGGACCAGAUGGAGUACAAGCACCGGAUCGAAGAGGCGCUGCUGCAGGCCUGCCCGCAGCCGGGUGCCUGGCAGCCUGCAGCUGCCCGGCUCUGGCAGGCAGAGGACCAAGUCAUGUACCUCAAGGUGGAAAAAGCAGAGCAUGGCCUGGAGGUCAAGUGGGAAGGUCCGUUUUCCAUCAUCGACAUUGCUGGCCCCACCACGUACCGGAUCGACAAGGGGCCGGAGGGGAAUGCCGCCGGGCCGCUGGCUUGCGCCACGGAAGAUGGUUGCAAGCCCUGGGCUGGGUCCGGCGGCCGCUCGUGCCCUCCCACCGCCCGGCAUUUCUCUGCAGUGUUCAAGAAAGUCGACUCCAUCUCCAGUGACAUCAGCUCAGCCCAGAUUUAUUACGAGAAGAAGAUCGUAUCCAUCCAGCAAGACCUCCAGGAGCUGGAUCAGAAGGCCUUGGGGAACUGCUCCCUCUGCCACGAGACGGGGCAGCUGGGGCAGGAGAUCACCAAGCUGCAGGGCGAGCUGGAGGAGAUCCAGAAGAUGCUCUUGGUUCAGGAGAUCCUGCUCAACCGGGCCUCCCAGACCCACGACUUGCUCUCAUCCACCAGCGACAAGAUUGCCAAUGAGGUGGACAACUGCUCCUUCUCCAUCCGGCAGGUCAACCAAAGCUUGGGGCAAUUCCUUGCCCAGGUUGGGGGCUGGCAAGCGGUCACCUCCGAGCUAGACAGCUCUCUCAAGGGGCUGGUGCAGGAGCGCUACGACGUCAGGGCGGCCAUGCAGCAGAUGAACUUCACCCUGGGGCAGACCUCCGACUGGAUCCACGUCAUCCAGAGGAAGACGGAUGAGGAGACGCUGACGCUGCAGAAGAUCGUGACUGAGUGGCAGAACUACACCCGUCUCUUCAGCGGCCUGCGGGCCACAUCCUCCAAGACCAGCGAGCUGGUCAAGAGCAUCCAAGGCAGCGUCAGCUCUGCGGCCCAGCAGGUCAGCCAGAACUCGGAGAGCAUGCACGACCUGGUGCUGCAAGUGAUGGGCCUCCAGCUGCAGCUGGACAACAUCUCCUCCUUCCUGGAUGACCACGAGGAGAACAUGAACGACCUGCGCUACCACACUAGGUACACGCAGAACCGCACGGCCGAGCGCUUCGAGACCCUGGAAGGCCGCAUGACCUCCCACGAGAUCGAGAUCAGCACCAUUUUCGCCAACAUCAACGCCACCGACAGCCACGUCCACAGCAUGCUGCGAUACCUGGACGACGUGCGGCUCUCCUGCACCCUGGGCUUCCACACCCACGCCGAGGAGCUCUACUACCUGAACAAGUCCCUCAGCCUGGCCCAGGGCACCACGGACCUGCUGCGGGAACGCUUCAGCCUGCUCAACGCCCGGUUGGACUUUGACAUCCGCAACCUGUCCAUGAUCAUGGAGGAGAUGAAAGUGGUGGACGUCCGGCACGGAGAGAUGCUGAAAAACAUCACCAUCUUACGAGGUGCUCCGGGACUCCCGGGCCCCCCUGCCCAGCAGCAGCAGAGCGCUGGAGGCCACGUGCCACCAAACCCCACCAACAGCACCGGGUGGUCGGGCAGCCCAGGUGUCAACGCCGUACAAGCAUCUACCGUAAUAGCACGUUUUACCAGCGUGGUAUGA